AAUCAGUAAACUCUCCGAACUACUCCGGAUGAACAUGCAUUGGCGUCAGACAUUCAUUCGAUCAAGUUUCGCAUGUCGCUUUCAAACACAAAACAUCCAUAAGGAUGCGCCUUGGACUUUGUAUACUCGACUUCACGCAAUUACGAGUUGCCAAAAAAGAGCGUAUACCUCUUCAGAAACAUUAGUAUCAGAUAUAGGAAAGGUUACUCCUAAAAGUACUCGUGUACGGUUCGCUCCUUCACCAACAGGAUAUCUUCAUCUGGGUGGGCUCCGUACAGCACUUUACAAUUAUCUCUUCGCUCGGCAGAACGGUGGCAAAUGUAUACUAAGGAUUGAAGACACUGAUCAGAAUCGAUAUGUUUCUGGAGCAACAGAGAGUCUGAUCAGGGCAAUGGAAUGGGCUGGCAUCAAGUUCGAUGAGGGGCCAGGUAUUGGAGGACCUCAUGAACCAUAUUACCAAUCUCAGAGAUCGGAAAUCUACAAAAAACAUGCAGAAGAUCUUAUUGAGAAAGGACAUGCAUAUCGAUGUUUCUGUUCCUCAGAGCGCCUUUCGCUUGUUCGGCUUGAGGCGCAAAAAUUAGGCAAGACAGUAUCUUAUGACCGGAAGUGUGUUCACCUUAGUAAGGAAGAAUCACAAGAACGUGCUGGCAAUGGCGAGAUGUUCGUGGUGCGGAUGAAGGUUCCUGAAGGGAAGACCAUAGUCCAGGACGAGGUACAUGGCAGAGUUGAAUUUUCGAACAAGGAGGUGGAUGAUUCGGUCCUACUGAAAAGUGAUGGCUUUCCAACGUAUCAUCUUGCUAAUGUAGUCGACGACUAUAUCAUGGGCAUCACACAUGUCAUUCGUGGACAAGAGUGGCUGCCUUCAGCACCCAAACAUGUCAUGCUUUACAGAAUGUUUGGUUGGGGUGUUCCAAAGUUCGCACAUGUCCCGUUAUUGUUAAAUCAAGACAAGUCCAAGCUCUCGAAGCGCUCCGGUGAUGUCAAUGUCGAGGAUUAUAAGGAUAAAGGUUAUUUCCCAGAAGCGGUGGCCAAUUUUGUUGCUUUAUUAGGAUGGCAUCCAGGCUCAACAGAUGAAAUCUUUGACAUGGACGGGCUAGUAGCAGCUUUCUCAUUGAAAAAUAUUCAACAGUCAAAUGCUGUUGUGCUACGGGAGAAGUUGGAUUGGAUCAACAAGAUGCAUCUUCUUCGCAGAGCAGAGACUUCAAGUGGGUUGCAAGAGAUGGCUGCUAUUCUUCGCCCUAAACUUGAGGCUGAUUUAGGCCCUCUCUCCGAGCAAUACUCUGAUGAUUACAUUGCACAGGUCAUCGGCACAUUGAAGGAAAGGAUUAAAAACCUCUAUGAUAUACCUACAUUGUGCAGUUAUUAUUUUCAAACGCCCAUUUAUACAACGGAAGAAUCGGCAGCCUAUCGAAAUAAAGUCGGAGACGACACACUUCGCACGAUACUUCCUAUGGCGCUUGAGCGGUUUAGAAAUCUAGAGAAAAGAUAUGACAAAGAGGAUGUUAAGGAAAUCCUGAAGUACAUUGCCGAUAGCCAUAAAAUGAAGCUCUCUACUGUUAUGAAUGCACUUCGCUAUACGGUUUCUGGAGUCAAGAUCGGCGCUGGUGUGCCUGAGACAAUCGUAACGCUUGGUCGUCCAUGUAUAGUAGAUCGCAUUGAACGUGUUUUAACUACUGUUUCUAGUUGAAUAAAUCACUAAAGUGUUAAGCG